UUUAGUUGUGAAUUUUGUUGUUUUUAGGAGAGAAGUUGAGGUCCAGUCCUUCUAUUCCGUCAUCUUAAUUCCCGGAACUUAAUGGCACUUCUGAGCUUUGUUUUAAGCAUCAGUAGCAUGGGCUGAUCAUACUUAAUUUGCAGGCUUGAUGUGAAGAGUAGAUUUAAUUUUAAAGAUUGUGUAGGAACCUGAAAAAAAUUCCAAUUAUAAAUGAAGAAAGCAGAAUGUGGGGUUUUGUACUGUGACUGUAAAGAUAUUCAAGUAUGCUUAUGAAAAAAGAUUGGAGGAGAAUAUACAAUUCAUAAUAACUGAUGGGAUAAGAUAUUGGGAUUGUGGGUAACUUUAAAUUUCUGUGUCCUAAACUUUUUAUAAUAUUAUAAAUGGAAAUAUGGAAUUAUUUAAAAUGUUAAGUUGAUUGAUACUCCUGUUUUCAGAUGAUCUUGUUCAAAAACUUUGCUAUAGUUUUGAAUCACUUGACAGGUGAACAAACACAAAGCAUUAGAUAUAAUCCCAUCUAAAAAUGCUCUCACAUUAGUCCUGUCAAAACAUGAAUUUAAUUUCAAACCAUUUUUAGAGUUGCUAGGUAGGAAGUGUUUUUAAAAUUUUUGCAUUCAAGGGGAAAUGAUCAUUGGGAGAAAAUACAAAAUACAGAAUGAUAAGGGCAUGUUUAAAAUUCUCCAGUUUAAAGAAAGAUCUUUUUUAUAGCUUUGCUGUAUCUCUGUAGUUAGAGCCCCUGUUCCUGUCUUUGACUUCUAAGUGUCUGAGUGUGUUAUGUUCCAAAUGUAGAAUAACAGCUUACUAAGCAAACUUUCUCUUAGGUGGAUUUGUUUGUUUGGCUUCACUUGUGGCAUGCAGAAGUUCCUGGGCCAGGGAUUGAACUCAAGUCAUUGCAGUGACCGGACCCACAGCAGUGACGAUGCUGAAUCUCCAGCUGCUGGGCGACCAGGUCAUAUAAAUCUCAAACAGGCUCUUCCCUUGGUGACACUACCUAUGCCAAAAGGCAGGUGUGGGGGAUUAAGGCCUCUGGUUUCCACAGAAGCACCACCUAUCAUAUUUGCCACACCAACUAAACUGAGUUCCAGUUCUACUGCAUAUGAUUAUGCCGGGAAAAACAAAGUUCCAGAGCUGCAAAAGUUUUUCCAGAUAAUUGAGAGGUCAGUGAUCCGACUACAUCUCAGGCGUCGUGGGAGUAGCAAUAGCUCGUACUGCUGUUGCUGGAAGGUAGCUUCCCCCUCUUCAGAAAUAUGUCCAGAUUCAGGACCGGCUUGAGGACUUUUGAUCAAUUUAAUCUCUUUUUGUCUGAUAAAGAACCGACGGUGUGCCCAUCCACCUGAAACGAGGCCUGCCUGACCAAAUGCUUUACCGGACCACCAUGGCGCUGACAGUGGGAGGGACCAUCUACUGCC